AUGGAAAGUAGGAGGCUUCAUUGGAAGGACGACGUUUGUACGACUGACGGGUCGCGGCGAAGUAGCAGCAACCGUGGAACGGUUACGUUUGAGCCGAAAGACUUGUCUUCAGGAGAUCCUGGCAGGGAUUUGAAGUCGGCGACGUGGCCAUCAUCUAUAUCAACCAUUACUGAAGAACUGCCGUCACCAGAUGUCCCUGAGCCCGUGGCAAGAGUGCAUUCGGCCAAUAGUGCCAUGCUAACGCCAUACUGCUCGGUUUCCUCAGAAUCCACGCAAUCGCAAUCGAAGAGAAACAGCGAUUCUUCAUAUAUCAGGUCCUGGAACGUUUUACCCAGGAUCGGCGAAUCUUUGCAUAGUCACAAAUACUCCAUGAACGUGGCCAUCCACAGUGUGAACGGCACGCCCAAACAGAUAGUAUACGACCCCCGCUACAAUCCGCUUUUGCCCAAGCUUGAAGUUUUCUGCACGUUCAAUUCCCAAUCCUUACCAUUAGAUUCAUAUGUGCAUGCCAAAUCUAGACUGGAGUCCUUCGUCAAGUUUUUAGAAGUAUACCACAGUUCAAGAAAGUAUGAAUCUGCCUAUUUUCCUUUCAAUGUCAGUGUAAGUCCUGGCAGCGCCUGCAGUGGAUAUCCUUCUUAUACUUCUGGCGUCAGCUAUCAAGAUAUAGGUGAGAUACUACAAUUGUGGUAUUUGCAGGCGCUUAAAUUUCUACUAGAUAAGAACUCAUUUCUCUUCUCAAGUGAAAUUGUUGACUAUAUGGCUAGACUGGGGCCCAAGAAAAAUGCUGCAAUUAAAAAUGAGCUGCAGAGUACUAAAUCAGCACCAAGUGCCUUAGAGGAAACCAUCUCAAGAGCUGACAUUCUACUGGUGCGAUGCUCUUUUGAAGAAGAGCUCGGCUGGCAAUUAGCGUUGGACGAACCUAACUGGAAUAUAGUGGAUUUGUUUAUUGAUUUCUCGCAUCUGCGUAAACCAUCCUUCAGUACAGCGCAAGAUGACCUUGCUGGCAGAUCUACCACUGCUGCGGAUGAUGAUGCCGAUUUGUUCUCCAGCUCUUCGACGAGCUCUUUAUCAAGCAGCACGAGCACUACGUGCACAAUUAAUCCUCCAGAUGGGAAACUUGCUCAGGAUGAGAAAGCAGCACAACAGAACGGUUGUGGCACGGUAGACAUGAAUUCACGGCCACCUUUGCCGUCUUCCAUGUCGUCAGAAAAUGGCUCCAUAAUAGUUCAAGAUUGCGUGGGACGUAACUUGGACGAGUUAGCCGUCAAAAUUAAAACUGCCCAAGAUAUUGCGGAAAGUCGCCGGCCGAGUGUUUCGCAUACUUCAAGUCAAGAAAUGGUUUCUGACCAAAAACAAAAAGGGAAAAGUAAAAAAGACCAGCCAGGAAUGCUCGCUAAAGGAUCUUCAGCUUUGGGGCUUUCGAACUUUUUUAAAAGGAAAAACUCACACACUGGUGUUGAAAAGAGCGACUCGUGCAGUACAUCUCGGCAGUCAUCGCCCAAUGAACCUAAUAAGAUUAAUCUGAAUAUACAGAACCGAUAUCUGGAGGAUUAUUACGCUUCAACAUUAGCAAACUACAGAAGAAUUGUUCCUCCAGCACAUUCUCUCUUUACCCAGAAAACUUCAUCGAAAGGAUCUGAACCUCGGGAAAAGCCGCUGAAGGAUGAAAACAAGUCAUACCGGGAUGAUUUUUUACAAGUAAAAUUACCAUUAAAAGACAAUUCAUUUCCCGUCGUGAUAUGUCCAGAUGUAUGGUUUACAGUUGAGUUGAAAAAAUGGAAAGGCUUUUUGAGCGAGAUCUAUCGAUGUAUACGGCCAGGAGGAUAUCUGGAAACUUCAACUAGCAAUUUUGCUACAGUCAAUGACUGCAAUGAUCUUGAGAAAACUACCAAGGAAUUCCCGACUUCCGCAGAGAUGAAAAGCCUGAAAGACGCGAUAUCAAUGGAGGCAGCUAGAGCCGGUAUCCAAGUGUUUCCCAUGAGACAUCUCGUCCAAAUAUUGAAAAAAGUAGGGUUUAUCAAUAUCAAACACUCUGUUGUUAGUCUGAAAAGAGGGGAUUUGACGAAUAACAUGGGCUUGCUAUUUGAAUUUUUGGCGAUGCACCAGUUUGAUUUUCAGCUACGAACUAACUUUCUUAAUGCGAGAACAUCGCCCCCCGGAACAAACCCUGCGUCAUUUCCUAUGCGCUAUGUUCAAGAGCACAUGGGUAAAGCCGAUGAAAAUGCUGGCGUGCUGCGUUUCGUCCUCAUAACUGCUCAAAAACCUGAUGUAUCAAAAACAUAG